UGCUACGCACACUGCUUUGCUCCUCCCCGGCCAGCGCCGCUGUUAUUUAAGGUUACGCUCUCGUAACAGCGCUUCGAGAAUCGCCGUUGCCUGUACCGGUUGUGUAAGCCGCCGGACUUUGCUUUGGCCUCGCCGUCUCCGUCCUUGGACCGCGGCUGCGUGGAGCUAUGGCUGCCUCCGGUGCUGCGAAUCUUCUCCUGCGGGCCGCGGCCGCCUCCUGCCACCGGCUUCUCUCCACUCCCAGUCUAGGUCGUCCAGGCCGGUUUUUGCACGCUUCCUCCCCAGCUAGGCUCAGCUCAGAAGAUAAAGUUACUGUGCACUUUAUAACUCGCGAUGGAAAUAAACUAACAGCACAGGGAAAAGUUGGAGACUCGCUUCUAGACGUUGUGGUUGAUAACAAUCUAGACAUAGACGGAUUUGGUGCCUGUGAAGGAACCCUCGCUUGUUCUACAUGUCACUUAAUCUUCGAAGAUCACAUGUUUCAGAAGCUAGAUGCCAUUACCGACGAGGAACUGGAUAUGCUGGACCUUGCCUAUGGAUUGACAGAAACAUCUCGACUGGGUUGCCAGAUCUGCUUGCAGAAACCUAUGAACAAUAUGGUUGUCCGAGUGCCAGAAGGCAUUGCUGAUGUCAGGCAAUCCGUAGACAUUGGCAAGAACCCUUAAAGGAAAAAAAUUAGGAUGCCUUUUUGCAAACCGAAUUAUUUUUAUAACUUAUUUCUGUACGUUUAAUGAUAAGUGAAAACAUACACAAAUAUGCCGUAAUUUUAAGACCUGUCAGUAUGUUUAAUUUUCUUUUAUCAAAAGUCUGCCACAUGUUUUUGUGAUUCUGAAGCGAGCGAAUACCUAGAAAUGCACUGUGGAAUGUUAUACACGAUGCAGUGGUUUUUAUUGUAGAGGGAUAUUUCUUUUGUCCUUCAUUAUAAAUAACAAAUGUUUUCUUACUGCAGAAGGGGUGAAUCUUUUUUUAAAAAAAAUAGUAUCUGAAGUUCUAGGAACUACAAAUUCAGCGCUGGUUUACUUUGUACGGAGUUGGAGAUAGAGGGAGGUGAAAGUCUUCCUUCUAAAAUUAAAGUUUAGUUUAAACAAAGCA